CUCUCAUUUUCGCUCUUCUCUCCACUCCAGCCCUCCCAGGGGUCCGCUUUCCUUUGUCUCCGUCGCCAACAUGUUGUCGACAACAAGGUCGGCAGCCUCAAUGGCCCUGCGAGCCAAACCUUCCACGGCCCUCAUGCCCCUCCGCGCCGGAAGCGCAGCCUUCAUUUCAUCGACGUCGUCGAACAAUGCCACCCCGAAUGUCGGCACGCCUGCGACAGUGGAAGGCGCGCCCGGAACACCACCUCCGAUGAAGGUUACACGGCGAGAGGUGCCGCUACCCAGCCAGGAAGGGAAGCAAGGUGUGAUGCAAUAUGCGCUGACGACGCUGGAUCAAAUCGCCAACUGGGCACGUCAGAGCUCCCUCUGGCCCAUGACCUUCGGUCUGGCCUGCUGCGCCGUCGAGAUGAUGCACCUUUCCACCCCCCGCUACGAUCAGGAUCGCCUCGGUAUCAUUUUCCGUGCCUCUCCUCGGCAGUCCGAUGUAAUGAUUGUCGCCGGUACACUCACCAACAAGAUGGCGCCGGCGUUGCGACAAGUCUACGACCAGAUGCCUGACCCGCGCUGGGUGAUAUCCAUGGGUAGCUGCGCCAAUGGUGGAGGAUACUAUCACUAUAGCUAUUCGGUCACGAGGGGAUGCGACAGGAUCGUGCCCGUGGACAUCUACGUCCCUGGCUGCCCGCCCACGUCGGAAGCGCUCAUGUACGGCAUUUUCCAGCUGCAGAAGAAGAUGAGGCAUACCAAGAUCACGCGGAUGUGGUACAGGAAGUAGAAUGGUAUUAUAUUAGUUGGAGUUCGGGAGGUGACCUCUAACUCUCCUGUUCAUGCUCACUCAGUCCUUACUUUGUAAAUAUGCGCAUUUCUGGCUGUUCAGCAUGGCUCCAGCGUCAUCUGGGCUUCGAAAGUUGGAGACCUGGGGAUUGAAUACGCAAGUAGAGGUGCGGUUUAGCGCGGGCGUCCGCCUGAAGUGAUCUGUUCGGUGGGAACCCGUCCCUUUGGUACCUAAACGGAUAUCUUGAAUCGAAAGAAGUAAAUCAUGU